AUGGCUUCAUGUAACCCAUCAAUUUUAAGUGAACUACCUGAAGUAAGACCAAUCAAAUUGGCACUUCAGAUAUCAAAGCAAAUUGUAAAUGAGUAUCCACUCAAUACAUUUUCAAAGUGGAACCAUAUGGUACGUGUCACCGCUUACAUGUUACGUUUUGUAUACAACUCCAACAAACAUAAAGAUCAAAUAUCUGACCGUCAACAGGCUGAAUUAAACCUAUUGUUAAAUUCUAAAUCAGUGAGCUCCAAUAGUCGACUAAAAUUGCUUAACCCAUUUAUUGAUGCUUAUGGUCUUAUGCGCGUGGGUGGUAGAUUAAGUUACCUCGAUGCUUCAGAUGAGCGACGAUGUCCUAUUGUACUCCCGUCUAAGGGUAAAAUUGUAAAAAUGAUUUUUGAACAAAUGCAUUUAGGACUAUUACACAUUGGACCUCAAGGUCUACUUGCAAACAUACAAUUGAAAUAUUGGCCUUUACGUGGGCGAAGUUUAGCUCGUGCAACCUAUCAUCGGUGCAAUAUCUGUUUUCGCGUUAAGCCAAAUAUGCUGCAUCCACAAAUGGCACCUAUACUUCGAAGCAGAAUAUCAAUUCAAAGGGCCUUUUCCCGUACUGGUGUUGACUUCUGCGAACCCAUCCUGAUCAAAAGUGGAAUAAGAAGAGCUGGAUGUGGAAAGCGUACAAUCACAGAAAACUUGGCACACCAGGGAAUCAAAUGGCAUUUCAACCCUCCAGCAGCGCCUCACUUUGGUGGCAUAUGGGAUGCCGCAGUUAAAUCGACAAAAACCCAUUUAGUAAAAAUGACAAAUAAUAUCUUAUUAACAUUUGAAAAUCUGCUCUGCCGCAUUGAAGCCAUUUUAAACUCAAGACCGUUGACACCUCUAGCAGACGAUCCUUCAGAUUUUGAAGCUCUAACGCCUGGACAUUUUCUAGUAGGUGGUCCCAUACUCUUACCACCUGAACUAGAUUCUACUUCUAUACCUCAGAAUAGAUUGCGUCGAUAUGCCUUAGUCAGAUCCCAAAUGCAAUGGUUCUGGAAAAGAUGGAGCAAGGAAUAUCUGCCACAAAUUCAAAAACGAAACAAAUGGUUGAAACCUCAAAGAAACUUAAUUGUGGGUGAUUUGGUUAUUGUCAAAGAGGAUAACAUACCACCACUCAAAUGGAAACUUGCCCGUGUGCUGACGGUUCAUCCUGGUAAUGACAAUGUGGUUCGUGUCGUUACAAUUCGUAUGGGAAACGGAAGUGAAUACCAACGUCCAGUUGUACGAUUUGCUCUUCUACCAACAGUUGCAGAAGAGGAGACAGAUCAGUGUUUGUUAUAA